AUGGAAACCAAGGUGACGGCUGGGAGCUGGGUCGCGGAUGUACAUGCCGGACCAGGACGCACAAUCUAUAUUACCCUUGUGCUGGUGAUCAUUCUCCUCGCGGCACAGCUGAUAUCUUCUUGGAGCGAUUUUCACAAGCAGAAGAAGCUUGAGCAGAAUCGUCGCGCACCUUGCAGCACUUGCCGUCGCUGCCACCACGACACCGCUGGUGCAAAUAUCGACCGCGCCGCCAACGCGGAGGAGCGCGCCGUCCUGGCUGAGCGGCAUGUUGUCCAGCUCGAGGAGCGUAUGACCGCUGCCACCGAGCAACUUGCCCUCGCCGAGAAUUCCGCCCGUGAGGCCAACCUGCGCCAUAGUGCCGCUGUACGGCGCGCCAACUCUUCCUCGAAACAUGUCGCCAGACUCCAGCUCGAGCUCCAGCAGCUAACCUCCGCUUCCGCCUCCGCUCCCCGGCCCGUGCCCAACCCCUCCCCCGUCGAGAUCGACGACGUGAACGAGCACGCCGACGGCGCGCACCAGACCAACGACGCCCCUGCGGAGGGGUCCCAGCAUGGCGGGAGUUCCAGUAUGCCAGAGCCGAAGAACAUUGACUCUGCGCAUUCUAAAAAGCCCUCGACUUUUGAAGAGAGUGUAAUGGAUUUGCACAGGUGGGAUGAAGACACUGUGAAAAAGCCGACCGAGGGCAAGAUGGAAUUCCGCGCAAAAGGGUUCUUCAGCCGCAAGCGCCGCGAUAGAAGCACCUGCGAGGCGCAGCCCGUUCGUCUUCCAGAUCAGAAAUAG